AUGAAGAGAUCUAUCUCAGGGUUUCUGCUUCUGGUCUUUGGCCUGCUGUCCGUAGCACAGGCAGCUGAUCCAUUCACUUAUGACAAUAACACUUUCCUUCUUCAUGGAGAGCCCUACCUCCUCCUGGGUGGCCAGAUGGACCCGCAGCACAUCCCUCACGAACUAUGGCCCGAUCGCCUGGAAAAGGCACGCGGCAUGGGCCUGAAUACCAUUUUCUCCUAUGUGUUUUGGGAUCAACUUGAGCCUAAACAAGGAGAAUGGGAUAACACCGGCAACAAUGACAUCGCAAAGUACUUCCGACUUGCAAAGGAGAAGGGAUUGAACGUGAUCCUGCGGCCCGGCCCGUAUGUUUGCGCCGAGCAUGAAUGGGGCGGUUUCCCAGCUUGGCUCAGCGAGGUUCCGGGAAUGGUUGUUCGUGACAACAACAAGCCUUUCCUAGAUGCCUCCAAGGCUUUCAUCGACCGUCUGGCAAAGGAGGUGGGUGAUCUCCAGGUCACCAACGGAGGACCCAUCUUGAUGGUCCAAAUCGAGAAUGAGUAUGGAUCCUACGGAAGCGAUCAUGUGUACUUGAACGCUUUGAAGGAUAUCUUCACAGCUGCUUUCGAUGUACCCUUCUACACCAAUGAUGGCGGCACCGAGGCUAUGCUCAAGGGUGGCCAGAUCUCGGGUGUCUUAGCUGAGACGGACGGCGACGUCUAUGAGGGAUUUGCUGCCCGCGACAAAUAUGUCACCGAUCCUACUAGUCUCGGACCCCAGCUUGAUGGCGAGUACUAUAUCACAUGGCUCGACCAGUGGGCUAGCAACUACGUCCACAAAUCCAACGUCGGAAACCAGGAAGCGAUUGAUAAAAUCACCACAGAUGUCAAGUGGCUGUUGAACAACAACGGCUCAUUCAAUCUCUUCAUGUUCCACGGCGGCACCAACUGGGGAUUCCAAAAUGGAGCUGACUGGGCCGAUGCCUUACAGCCCAUCACCACGAGCUACGACUACGGUGCGCCCCUCGACGAAACAGGUCGCAGGAACGACAUUUACCUUGCGAUCCGAAAGACCAUCGCCGCCGUUGUCGGGGAAGACACCCUCCCCGCUCUUCCAGACGAGGAGCCAUUGAUUGAAAUUCCAUCCAUCAAGCUCACCCCAUCUGUAGACAUCUUUGAUUCCCUCCCCGACCCCAUCGAGAAAGAAUCCCCAGUCAACAUGGAAGCCGUCGGACAGUCGACUGGACUCAUUCUCUACCGACAUGUCAUCACAACACCCGUCAAGGGCGCCAUCAAAGCCGGUGAUAAGCCCCGUGAUCGUCUAAUCGUCUAUGUCAACAAGAAGCGCGUCGGCGUGAUCGACGGUACAUACAAGACACCGCAAACCGUCAAUCUGGACCUGAAGGAAAGCGAUGUCCUCGACAUCCUAGUCGAGAACCUGGGACGCGUCAACUACGGCGGCGAGAUUGUGGACCAGCGCAAGGGAAUCGUUGGCGACGUCACAGUUGGCGAGAGUGUGCUUUCCAAAUGGGCGAUCUACCCAUUACCCUUGGCGACACCGCCCAAGGCUACCGAGAACACAACGCUGAAGCCCUCCGCUACGUCCGGUCCUAUCUUCUUCACCGGCUCAUUUGACUUGGAUAAGGUUGGUGAUACUUUCCUCGAGCUGCCCGACUGGACCAAGGGCGUGGUUUGGGUUAAUGGAGUCAAUUUGGGCCGCUACUGGACUGUGGGCCCGCAGCAAUCGCUUUAUCUUCCAUGGUGUUAUCUUCGCAAGGAGAAGAACGAGAUUACUGUCCUUGCCCUCGAGCCUACGGGGACUGACAGCGCCGUUCGUGGAGUCACCUCGCGCACCUGGGGAAAUAACCCUGAUCCGGAUGCUCCGUGA